GGACGCGCGCCCCGAUCCCGGCCGAAGGAAGGGUUGCCCGGCUCCAGCCCUGCACCCCCGACCCCCGGCCUCAGGUGCAGCUCCGCAGCCAUCCCCGGACCAGGGCGGGCACUUGGCCUGUUGCUCAGCGCAACCACCCUCGCCCUCCCGAGCCAUGCACAGGGAGACAAGCGUCCGGCCCCGGCCCCCCAGGCCUCCCUGCAGCACCCCGUAAUGUAAUACACUGGGGCGGGGGAGGCGGCGGCGGCGGCAACCGCGGAGGCGGCGGCGGCAGCCGCACUGCCCCAAUCUAGACACAUCCAGAAGAGGAGGAAAAUGGCUCCGAGCAGGGACCGCCUGCUGCACUUUGGGUUCAAGGCGACAGUGAGUGACAGGGGAAGGGAGCUGGGUGGCCAGGAAGGAUGUGGGUGCCUUACAGGCUCCUGGGGAACAAGUGACGAGGGGCGACGGGCGCGGGCAGAGGCUGAGGUUCUGUGCAGGCAGGUGCGUGCCUGUUUGCCCGCGGAGGGAGGAGAGGGGGACACGGGGCAGAAGAGGGGCCCCCGCGCAGAGUGCGGUACUGCUCUACUGUCCCUCGCUGGUCCGCGAGCACGCGCGCACUCGCAUUCGCCCCACAGACCCCCUUUUCCACACGCACAGGCACUUCCCUGCCUCGCCUUCUCCCGAUGGGCUCGUCUGCCUCGGAGGCGCAAGGGGUCGUGCCGCCGCCGCGCUCCGGCUGCUCCCGGGAGCGCCGUCAGGGCCUGCCCCGUGUGGGGGAGGGGUGGUCUCGCGCCGCCGCCGCCGCGCUCCUCCCCCUCCCGCCCCUCCCCCUCCCGGGCGCUCCGAGGCCCGGGCGGCUCUGUCCAAUGAGCAGCGGCGUUGCUGGCAGGUGGGGAGUGUUUUUGUUUUGGGUUGAAGUUGAGGCUGAGGAGAGAGCCGAGCUAGCGACGAGCAGUCGUUGCGGCCGCCGGCGCCGCAGGAGGUGGUGGAGGCCUAGCCGGAGCCGAGAGGUCUCUUGUUCCCGUCCCACGGUCCCGGCGUCACCCCUCCGGCGCCCAGUCCCCGUCCCGGAACUCCCGGGCCUGUCCUGGGCCCCCGGUCUGUGCACUCCGCUCGCCGCAGCGCCCGGCCCGGGCCGCACCCGCCGGCCCCAUGAGGAGGGACGUGAACGGAGUGACCAAGAGCAGGUUUGAGAUGUUCUCAAAUAGUGAUGAAGCUGUAAUCAAUAAAAAACUUCCCAAAGAACUCCUGUUACGGAUAUUUUCUUUUCUAGAUGUUGUCACCCUGUGCCGCUGUGCUCAGGUCUCCAGGGCCUGGAAUGUUCUGGCUCUGGAUGGCAGUAACUGGCAGCGAAUUGACCUAUUUGAUUUCCAGAGGGAUAUUGAGGGCCGAGUAGUGGAGAAUAUUUCAAAACGAUGUGGGGGCUUUUUACGAAAGUUAAGUCUUCGUGGAUGUCUUGGAGUGGGAGACAAUGCAUUAAGAACCUUUGCACAAAACUGCAGGAACAUUGAAGUACUGAAUCUAAAUGGGUGUACAAAGACAACAGACGCUACAUGUACUAGCCUUAGCAAGUUCUGUUCCAAACUCAGGCACCUUGACUUGGCUUCCUGUACAUCAAUAACAAACAUGUCUCUAAAAGCUCUGAGUGAGGGAUGUCCACUGUUGGAGCAGUUGAACAUUUCCUGGUGUGACCAAGUAACCAAGGAUGGCAUUCAAGCACUAGUGAGGGGCUGUGGGGGUCUCAAGGCCUUAUUCUUAAAAGGCUGCACGCAGCUAGAAGAUGAAGCUCUCAAGUACAUAGGUGCACACUGCCCUGAACUGGUGACUUUGAACUUGCAGACUUGCUUGCAAAUCACAGAUGAAGGUCUCAUUACUAUAUGCAGAGGGUGCCAUAAGUUACAAUCCCUUUGUGCCUCUGGCUGCUCCAACAUCACAGAUGCCAUCCUGAAUGCUCUAGGUCAGAACUGCCCACGGCUUAGAAUAUUGGAAGUGGCAAGAUGUUCUCAAUUAACAGAUGUGGGCUUUACCACUCUAGCCAGGAAUUGCCAUGAACUUGAAAAGAUGGACCUGGAAGAGUGUGUUCAGAUAACAGAUAGCACAUUAAUCCAACUUUCUAUACACUGUCCUCGACUUCAAGUAUUGAGUCUGUCUCACUGUGAGCUGAUCACAGAUGAUGGAAUUCGUCACCUGGGGAAUGGGGCCUGCGCCCAUGACCAGCUGGAGGUGAUUGAGCUGGACAACUGCCCACUAAUCACAGAUGCAUCCCUGGAGCACUUGAAGAGCUGUCAUAGCCUUGAGCGGAUAGAACUCUAUGACUGCCAGCAAAUCACACGGGCUGGAAUCAAGAGACUCAGGACCCAUUUACCCAAUAUUAAAGUCCACGCCUACUUCGCACCUGUCACUCCACCCCCAUCAGUAGGGGGCAGCAGACAGCGCUUCUGCAGAUGCUGCAUCAUCCUAUGACAAUGGAGGUGGUCAACCUUGGCGAACUGAGUAUUUAAUGACACUUCUAGAGCUACCGUGGAGUCUCUCCAGUGGAAGCAACCCCAGUGUUCUGAGCAAGGGUUACAAAGUGAGGGAGGGCAGUGUCCAGAUCCCCAGAGCCACACAUACAUACACAUACACACCCUUACCCCCAUCCAUUCUAGCUUUGUGACCAUGGGACUGAAGUUUGUGAUGGCUUUUUUAUCAAGUAGAUUGGUAAAAUUUAACCAUUCCUGUUGAGGUGCCCAUAAGAAAAUCAUAGGCCAAGAUAGGGAGGGGCAUUCCGGCAAACCCCGUGUUAAUGCUACUGUGGUUUUUAAAUUUUUGUCUAGGGGUUUCUUUGGGGAUUUUAGAACAGCAUCUGCUGUCCUCCGGGGUCAAGAAAAGCAUGGAAAGACAAUGUAUGAUGUACCCAGGGACCAGAAAGAAAAUUUCUUUGCAUCUUAGAAAUGGUAGACAUUCAUUGUGACUACAGAGCUUCUGUGUUUCCUUGUUUCCAUGCCAACAUGCUGAGCAUGCUCACAAAGAAGGCUCGUCCAUUCCUCCUGUGUUUUAGUAUUUGGCCCAGAGGUUUCCUAAAUGGUUGCAUUGAAAUCACUGUGGUCCAAAUGUAAUUCUUACACACUCAAAUUAUCACUGUCUGUAGCACACUUGUGCACCUGUCUUACGUUCUCUGUUGCUCCCCCCCACACUCUUGCUCAGUCUGUCACCUGUUCAGUCUGCUUACUCACUCAAUUGUUACCCUUUUGCUGUUGUCGUGUUUACAGUUUGCAUUUUGAAUGAUUAGUUGGGAUUACCAAACAUUUUUUAAAAAGAUAUUAUCAAUAAAUAUUUUUUUAAUUCUAAA